GCCGCCACCCUCCCUUCCGUGUCUGUCUGCAUCUCUUCGGCUUCAGCACCGUUUGAAUUAUUAAACAACUCGGCUGGAAGAUUUCUUUCCCGUCAGCGAGGUCACUGAAAGGGCCUUUCUCGCUUCCUGGCGCAUCACCCAUCGCAGACUCGACCAACUGGCUCAGAGCUCCGUCGCAAUGGAACAGGUCCAGCGCGAACUGCCACUUCGCAUGGCACAGCAGUCUCAGGAGCAGCAGCAGUCGCAACAAUCAUCACCAGAACUGCUGCCAUCGCCGCCCUCGCGGUCUUCGACCGGCAGCAGCAGCAGAUCGCGCAAAUCCACCCUCUCCCUCGAUCUCUCCAACCUCCCACCGCUGACACGGCCCACGCCGCCCUGCAACACUCUGAUCUUCACCAACCUCCAAUCCCGUGACAUCUUCGCGCCGGACAACCUUCAGACCAUCCGCGACCUCAUCUCCCAAACAGCCCGCAUACAUGCCUUCUCGCCGCUGAAGUCGCUCAGCCGCAUCGUCGUCUCCUUCUACAGCGACGCCGACGCCAUCGCCGUGCGCCAAAUUUGGGACGGCGAGGCCAUCAUGGGCGAGCGCUGCCGCGUGUACUUCGGCCAGCCGACGCCGCUCACGACGCAGCCCGACACGCACCUCGCGCUACCCGACGCCGGCAGGCUGUUCUUCAUCUCCCCGCCGCCGAGCCCGCCACACGGGUGGCAGCAGAGGCUGGAGGAUGCGCCCAACAAGAUGGUACACGCCGAGGACCUGGCCGAGGCGCUGGCGAAGCUGCGGAAUCACGGUAGCAACAACAACAAUGACAACGUCGACGGUGCCGCCGACGCGAUGGCCUCCCCCGUCUCACCGUCCGAGUCCGGCAGCGGGAGGCAGCAGCGGAGCCGCAGCUCGACGCUGGUGUUCCGCCCCGACCCGGAGCUUGGCGCGAGUCCUGACUUGCCGUGUGUCAUUAUUCACGACAUGACGGACGAGCCGGACGAGAUGAGCCCCGUCGGCGGGGCGCAGCCGUCGAGGCCGAUCCUGGCGCAUACCGCGCGGCCGCCGAUCGAGUUGAUGCACGAUGCUUGAGCACCCCGAGGCCGCAGUUUCGGCGUUUUCCUCCUCGUUUCUCCGUGUGUUUUGCUUGCUUUUCCCUGGGUGGCAUUGGCUACGGGUGGAGUGGUACAGGGAGCUAACGGCAUU